CGACUCAUGCAUUGUUUCCUGUUUUUGUGGUGUUUUCGUGUUCUCAAAACCGAUUCUUCACAGUUUUGAAAGCACGAGGUGUAUUUUUUGUCUCUGGUUUUGACUUUUUCUUCCAAGCAUGGUAGUUUGGUGUUCGCGAAACCAAUAAACCAUUUUGAUUUAUUAACUUGUGCGAAUACUGAAUUUGGGUCCACUUCCUUAUGGUUGAUUCAUCACUCUUUUUGCAUACGUGCUUCGAUUCUGUACACUGAGUUCGGCAUGUCAAAUGCUGGUACUAACGACCAUUGAAAUUGUGCUGACCUUGUAGAUAGUCAAUUUCCUUCCUGCAAUUAUGAAAUGUGAUUUAUUUUAGUUAAUGCUAUGGCUUAAUUAUCUUGUUUGGUGACUACAUUGGUUUAAUAGAAUAACUUCCUGAUGACUAUGAAAUCCCUCAUUUCUUUUUGUUCCAGUUUAAUCUAAACUUUUUGUGAAUUGAGUUUUGAGGGUACCAAUUGUUUUGGUAAAUAUGACCAGAAAAAUUGUUUGUAAAUAUGUGGUGCUGCUUUGGAAAUGUAUAUGCCUCCGAUCUGAUCUUGGUCGUAGAUUAGAUAGCUCGUAUCCUUCCUUCAAUUAUCCUAAUAUAAACUUUUAUCAUCAUUUUCGUCAUUUAUAUUUUGCUAUGUGCGCAAUAGUUAUUAUCCUGAACGUGUUAUCACACAGUAUUUACCCUAGAUUGGGAUUUUUUUUUGGCUAAUUUUUAGGCCUAUUAUUUAGUGACCCAUCUAUGGUUUCAUUUCUUGUGAAGUAUAGUGGAUCAAGUUUGACUCGUUAGGGUUUGUGCAAGCCAGAACAAAAAAUUUGUGGUCUCUUUGGCUCUGGUGGAAUCUCAUGCUUGGUGAUUGAAGAAUAUAUUGUUUUUGUUUUCCUGUUCCUGUUUUGGUCCGUUUGAUUGCUUUGUGAUCAGCUUGAAUCAGAGCUUGGCUUGACUCGUUUGUUUAAUGGAAUCAAGCUGAGCAUGGCCAAUUUUAGUUGAGCUGAGCUUAAGCCAUCAUAUAGAUCUCUCGAGCUGUUCUUGAACAGUCAAUACUCGGCUCCGCUUGGCUUGGCUCGAUUAUGGCCCUGACACCAAUGCUUUCUUUAUGAUAGAUGACAAGCGCUUGGACAAAUAUGAGCAUUGGAAUCAUACAUAGGGGUAUAGAGAGGGAGUGGGAGAAUCGGGGUGGAGUUAUGUGUAUUAUUUAUUAUUAUUGGAGAUUCUUGGUCACUCUUAGAAGAUCUAUACAUCUGCUUAAAUUCUGGAGAGGAUGUGGAGAUCAAAUUUUAUUUCAAAUAUUAUUAUAGCAUUGGAGCAUCUUGGAGCAAAUGAGCAAUGGAGCUUGUGGAGCACGGCUCACCUCGAGGAUUGCUCUCUUGGUUUGCUUCAUUGUUAUGGUUUUGCUUUACUUUUAAUAUCAUCAACAAAGUACAUGUUGAUGAUACUUGAAAUGACAAUCUAUUGCAAGACUUUCUUUUAGACAUUGAGAGAUUGUUGUUUCUUCAUUUAUGAGAUUUCUAUUGUUUAUACAGUAGGUAAUCUGCACCAUUUUGUGUGUCAAACAUGAGUGGUCGUUUUUCUCGCACAAUCUAUGUUGGAAACCUGCCCUCAGAUAUAAGAGAAUCAGAAAUUGAAGAUCUAUUCUACAAGUAUGGCCGUAUAUUGGAUAUUGAAUUGAAGAUUCCGCCCCGCCCUCCAUGUUAUUGUUUUGUGGAGUUUGAUAAUGCUCGGGAUGCAGAAGAUGCAAUCCGGGGUCGUGAUGGCUAUAACUUUGAUGGUUGUCGGUUGAGGGUUGAACUCGCCCAUGGCGGUAGAGGGCCAUCUUCAAGUGAUCGUCGUGGUGGCUAUGGUGGCGGCAGCGGCGGCGGCGGUGGCGGAGGCAGCGGAGGUGGCGGCAGUGGUGGUGGCCGAUUUGGUAUCUCACGCCAUUCUGAAUUUCGAGUUGUUGUCCGUGGGCUCCCUUCUUCUGCUUCCUGGCAAGAUUUGAAGGAUCAUAUGCGGAAAGCUGGUGAUGUAUGUUUUGCAGAGGUAUCCCGUGACAGUGAAGGGACCUUUGGAAUUGUUGAUUACACUAAUUAUGAUGACAUGAAAUAUGCUAUUCGGAAGCUUGAUGACACCGAAUUCAGAAAUCCUUGGGCAAGAGGUUAUAUUCGGGUCAAGAAGUACGAGGGCAGUCCCAUAAGGAGCCGAAGUAGAAGCCGCAGCCGAAGCAGAAGUGAAAGGAGGGACAGGAGUAAAUCAUUGGAACGCUCUAUUUCUAGAUCGGUAUCAAGAUCCAGAUCUGCAUCUCCUGUCAAAUCUUUCAGGCCAAGAUCAAGAUCAAGGUCAGGAUCUCCUCUCCAGGCCCGGUCAGAUAGUGGCUGAUUUCCAUGCAAGCAAUGUCAAAACUCUUCCAGACAUAUAUGGUAGAGUUUGAGGAGAAACUUUGCUAGGUUUUACAUGGAAUUAGCUGGAAUCGAUUAAUGAUAGUCCUCGAUAGACUAGGUGUUGGCUGUAUGACUUGAAUCAUAAAUUGCUUAUUUUGCCAUUUUCAUUCUACUCAAGCUAGUAUCUGCAAGGUAUGUGUACGCUGUCUUUUAGGCCACUAUCCAGGAGAUUUCUGACUGUGAUUAUACUAUUGUGAAUGGAAAUUCCGUUGGCUUGCAAAUCUAA